AUGGGAAGUUUUAACAGUCGUCUUCAUUAUUGCUUGACUUUGGCUUUCCCAAUAACGGCUCCCUUGCAGUCGGCAUAUCUUCCCGAGGGGAUCGUUCAUCAUUUGGUUGAGUGCUGUCCAGUUGUUUUGGAGUUGCAGUGGAAUCGUUGCAAGCAUUGUGAGUAGGUGUUGGCGGUUGAUUUUGGUCCGGAUUAGCCGCGACGGCCGGAGUCGUGCCAAAGAUUCUAUAGGGCAGGUAGGAAUCGAUCGUCUGUUUGACUUCUGGAAAUGCUGCCGGAUUCGUUAUACAUUCUCGAACGUUCACCAGAACUUGGUUCAGUAGUGGACCAGAGCUUCCAAGUCGUGUGAUUAUUGCAGCAACUCCUUCUUCGGGUUCAGGGGGUUGUUUUUCGGGUUUUAGCUUCAACGCUGCAUGAGUCUCGACAAACACGUACCUGACACCGUUCAUUUGCUUAGCUGAACACUCCAGAUAUCGCAUCGCAUGCAAUGAGCUCUUUAAUUUUUCUCCCAGUUCGGGAUCGAAAGACUUUCUUAAGUCACAUUUAGUACGGACGAGAAAUAGUGGCACGUGAGAGAAGUAGAGGUUAAUUUUGGAAUACCAGUAUUCUUUGA